AUGGGCUUCAUUCCGAAUUGGUUGCGUGACAAAAUGAAACUGACAGAGCCUCCGAUCACGUUUAGCUUCAGCUAUCCAAACGGUGAACCUCAAACCCCGACGAGGACUCCUACGACCACUAUUUUCGGCGAUUCCGCUUUCCAGACCCCCAAACUCGAGUCCAGCUUUUUCGACCCUCGAGUGACCUGGGACACAUCAGACCCGUAUGCCUCCAGUCCAGAGUUCCUCCGAACACCACGGUUCGGCUUGAGCACCCCUUCGAAACCCCUGCACCUGCCGGAUACCAUCCCUGGUCGAGCGACAGGGCCAGACGCUACACAAGGGUUGGAACAGGAGACCGAUACGGCUAAACGCAUCCGCCCUGCGAGGCCCAAUGGUGGUUCAGGGGAGGAUGGACCUCGGACCGUUGACUCUGCAAAAUCCGCGGCGUCAAUUCAGACUCCACCUCCCAGCAGCGCAUCGAGAAGGAAAAUAACCGGAUUGGAGAAUGUUGCUGAUAUGGAGAGAAAGACCUCCCCUCCUGGGGGUCAUCUGGAGACACCAAGCAGGGUCUUGGGUGCCUCGCCUCGGUUCUUUGCCGGCCUCCAGUCGUCUCCGGACCCCUUCCAACUUGCUACAAUCGAUUCGUCCGGGUCCCCUUUUUUCCCUCAGCAGAGAUUAUUCUGGGAUCACGAUCUUGGGCAGCAUGAGGCAGGCUUAGGCCUGCCGGUGAACAGCAUGGACCCCUUCAAUACCGACUCAGCAUCUACCGGCCUCCACCAUAGCAACAUCCUACAUGAUGCCCGGAUCCCACAAUUACCAUCCAUCGAUGCCAAUCUGGAAUUACCAGAAAUUCACGGAAAUACAUAUGGUCUUCCUACCGCUCCUUCUGAUGCGGCUCUUUUCCCCGCUCCGUUCUCCACCUCUCCCCGUCUGCCUAUGACCAAGGUUGAGGAUCCAGCCCUGUUCCUUUCCUCCCCCGCUCGCCGCUUCGGAGGUCCUCACUUGAGCCCAGCCAGGAGACUCUUUUCCCAGCCGGCUCGGCAACCAUACCACCACCAGACGGAAGAGUUCAAGCGAGAGGAACUUCGUCGUGCACAAAGUACCCAUCGUCUCAACCCGGGGUAUGACGAGGAUGAGGAUGAUGAUGAUGAGUUUACUCCUCGUCGGGUCCGUCCUGGUCUCACCCGUAGUGUGACCCACACUGCUGUCACCGCCGCUUCACACCGUUCAGUCUCGGGACAGUCUUCGUCUGGGAUGAUGGCCUCAACCAGUGGCAUCCGCAAGAGCCCAUCCAAAGGCCGGUUGUCCCCCAUCAAAUCCUCUCGUCAUCAACUCAGAAGGGCCAAUUCAGCUGCCGCAGGACUUCCCCGUCGAUCCCAAUCGGUGGUGUUGAGGAUCGGCAAGGAUGGCAGAGCGAUGACCGAGAUGCAGACCGUUCCUGAAGCACACACGGGCUUAACGGAUCCCGUGAGUGGAAUGGAACUUGAUGGAUCUAUCACCGAGAGCGAUUACGAGUCUCCCGAGCUUUCUGACUACCCUGUCCUACCAAACCGCAACCCUUCCUUUGUCUUCUCGGACGCCGGUCGACCGACCAUUGCCCGAAGCGACUCUGGCUCCCGCCCCCAAUCCAAGGGCUCCUACACCUCCACUGCUGCUUCCUCGCAAUCGGGGCGUGCGUCCCCCUGGUCUGCUGCGUCUCGCGGCCCUGUACGAAGACCGAUGUACCGUGCACCUGCCGACGAGUGGAACAGGACGACCCCGAAGAGACAGUCGAUGCUGAUCAAUUCGGACGUGACAUACCCCAGUGGCGGCUCCAAUUCCGGACUCCUACCUGAUUCUGAAGAAGAUUCCGGCGAUGCACAGCACGCACUUCGGAAAGUUCUUGCGGGACGGGGGCGGAUCCCACGAUCUCAGACCGUCGGCUAUGGGUCGAGGUCGAAUCGGUCCUCCGUCUCUUUGGCUCAUCUGCACUCUUCCCCGCCGCGAUUCGGUGCAGAGUUGGAUCUCAAUUCUCGAGCGCCCAACACAUCUCCCACCACCAUGACGGAUCCGGAUAUUGCUACGCCAACCACAGAGCGGUACAGCAACCCAAGUAAUGGCACCAGAUGUGUCUGUCGCUCCAUGGAUAAUGGCGGCCAUCUCAUGAUUCAAUGGUAA